CUAUUGUCUUAAAGCUCCACAUAUGUAUUGUCUUUGCUCAGCUAUCUAUCUCUCUCUCUCUCUCUCUCUCUCUCUCUCAUCUCUCGCCGGAGACUAUGGACACCGAAAUGCAGCCAAUCCGAAUCGGAGUAAUGGGAUGCGCCGAGAUAGCUCGCAAGGUCUCACGUGCCAUCCAGCUAGCUCCAAACGCCGUUAUCGCCGCCGUUGCAAGCCGGUCUUUAGAGAAAGCCAAACUGUUUGCUUCUUCCAAUGGCUACCCUGAAUCAGCAAAGAUCUACGGCUCUUAUGAAUCGAUUCUUGAAGAUUCAGAGGUUGAUGCUCUUUACAUCCCUCUCCCUACUAGCCUCCACGUUGAGUGGGCUAUACGUGCCGCUGAGAAAGGGAAGCACAUACUUCUUGAGAAGCCUGUGGCGAUGAAUGUGGCUGAGUUUGAUAAGAUUGUUUUGGCUUGUGAGACUAAUGGUGUUCAAAUUAUGGAUGGUACUAUGUGGGCUCAUCAUCCUAGAACGGCUAAGCUUAAGGAGUUCCUCUUUGAUUCAGAACGUUUUGGCCAGCUCAAAAAUGUACAUAGUUGCUUCACACUUGCUGGAGACGAAGAUUUCCUGGAAAACAACAUCCGUGUUAAACCGGAUCUUGAUGGUCUUGGUGCGCUCGGAGACCUUGGAUGGUACGCAAUCCGAGCAACUCUUUUCGCCAACAACUUCGAGCUUCCUAAAACCGCCACGGCCAUUCCAGGCAGCACCAUCCUAAACGAGCCAGGAGUGAUUCUAACAUGUGGAGCAUCUCUGAGCUGGGAAGAAGGACGAACCGCAACCAUACACUGCUCUUUCUUGGAAAACCUAACAAUGGAGAUAACAGCCAUUGGAACAAAAGGCAUGCUUCGUGUUCACGACUUUGUUAUCCCGUUUCAAGAGACCGAGGCAUCGUUCACCACUUGCACUAAAGGUUGGUUCAAUAAGGCAGUGACUGCUUGGGUUAAUCCCCCAAGUGAGCAUAUAAUUAAGACAGGGUUACCGCAAGAGGAGUGUAUGGUGAGAGAAUUUGCUAGGUUGGUUGGAGAAAUCAAGAACAAUGGUGCAAAGCCUGAUGGCUUUUGGCCUAGCAUUAUCAGGAAGACACAAAUGGUGGUUGAUGCUGUGAAAGAGUCUGUUGAUAAAAACUGUCAACAGAUUAGUCUCUUGGGACUCUAAAGAAAAGGGGCUAAAAUUAAGCAUUUUUGUGUUUGCAUUUAAUUAUCCGUAUGGUUUAAAUUUAUGUGAUAAAUCUCUUUUAGUGAUUAGUCUAUUUUCUUAUUUCCAAAGA